AUGCAAAUUCCACCUUUUGAAAGCAACCAGGCGGAGGAAAUUGUGGGCAAAUUAAGGAAGAAAAAGCCUCCAAAGAAUACUGUCUGCUGUGGGCCAGGGAAAAAGCGCUACCUUAUUUCCAUAUUGUGCAUGUCUUGUCUCACGGUUGUGAUCGGUAUGCGCUCGGAAAUGCUUGGCAUCAUCACUAAUCUGAACAAUACUCACAGCGGGAAACAAGACAGUGAGCACAUCUUCGUUGACGAGACGGACAACUCGAAGUAUGGAGUGGCACACCUCCCUAAAUCCCUGUUUAUCCAGGGCGCUGUUGUAAACUUUCCCUCCGUUCAAGAGGUUGAUCAUAUAGGUCCGGAGAAGGGGUCUCUCAUCUUCAAGCCAUCACAUCACAGACAGUUGCCUUGGACAGCCACAAUAACAGAGGAUCUUGUGGAGAAUGCAGUUUUCUUUGCUUACUUGGUUGCUAGUCCUAUUGGCGGCUACCUAACUGUUCGCCACGAUUCCUCUCUGAUACUGGGUUGCUCGGUUGCCAUGACAUGCGGUCUUAAUCUUUUUCUGCCUCUGGCCGAAACAAUUGGAUCAAAUAUCGAUGCCAAGCUGGCUAUGAUUGUUAUAUUGCGGCUACUUCAAGGCUUGGCCGAAGGCUGUCUCAUUCCUGCCGUUUUUGGAGUACUACGCUACUGGAGUCCACAAAACGAACGGUCUACCCUCGUCUCUCUGACCGUAAUUGGAGUCUCGCUAGGUCCGCUGAUAGGCCUCCCCGUCUGUGUUGAGAUCGAAAAGAAGUGGGGUUGGGGUGUAGUAUUCUACAUUUAUGCAAAUUUGGGCCUAAUAUGGUGUAUAUUCUGGUGGCGUCUAAUUGAUGAGAAACCACACAAGGACCGCAAUCUCUCCAAAGCCGAGCGCCGCUACCUCAGAGCCAACAUUUCGCCCCAGCUGCUCUUUAAUACUAACAACAUUAAGAUUCCUUGGCUAGCUAUGUUCACCUCAAAACCCGUCAUUGCUAUAUUUUUCACAUAUGCAGCAGACGACUGGACCUUUCAAAUUUCGUCUGUUUGCAUGCAAACUUUCUACCAACAGAGAUACGACGCAGGCGUUGAAAAGACCAUAUUUCUUCUAUCCUUCCCGUUCCUGUCAAGGUCAAUAUUUGUUCCUAUUGGCGGAUUUUUGGCUGACAUUAUCCGACUGAAAACGUCCAUUUCCUGCACAACGCUUCGGAAAAUUUUCUCUGGUAUUGGCUUCGGACUGAAGGGCAUUUUCUUUGUGGUGCUCGGAUUUGCCAAGGACGAAGUGCAUGCCACCAUUAUUUUAUCGUUGGCGUUGGGGUUCUCAGGGCUCGCCGUCGCCGGGUAUGCCGUCAACGUCAUUGAAUUGGCCCCCAAAUUUGCAGGUUUAAUAAUGGGAUUCGCUAACAGCCUAAGCACACUGACAGGGAUUCUAUCUACAGUGCUUGCAACGGUGGUCGUCCACUAUCUCAACGCUGGCGUUGGAAACGGGUGGAUUUUUGCCAUGUGCCUCGCAGCGGGCAGCCAAUUAUUUGCUGCCUUUUUUUUCAUCGCAUUUGCUUCGAGCCAAGAGCAGGCUUGGGCCAAAGGGGGCCCCAGCAUUCGGGAAUCCUCGCUACGUAGCCACGAUAUAGAGGCGAAUCUUGAAGUGCCGGCAGUGUCCAUCCCUUUAGAGUAA